AUGCCUGUCGUCAAAGGAGGUGUUUGGACAAAUAUUGAGGACGAAAUCCUCAAGGCAUCCGUCUCAAAAUAUGGCUUGAACCAGUGGGCCCGAGUUUCUUCUCUGCUUGCGCGCAAAACCCCGAAACAGUGCAAAGCUAGGUGGACAGAAUGGCUGGAUCCCGGUAUCCGGAAGAUAGAAUGGUCCAAAGAGGAGGAUGAAAAACUACUACACCUGGCGAAAUUGAUGCCAACGCAAUGGCGAACAAUAGCACCCAUUGUUGGCCGGACUGCUACCCAAUGUCUUGAGCGGUAUCAGAAGCUUCUCGAUGAAGCUGAAGCAAGGGAGAGCGAUGAGCUAGGCCUGGGUGGUCCAGAAGGAGGAGAGACAUCGGCCCCAACAGGCGAUCAAGUCAGAAGAUUACGACCUGGAGAGCUUGACCCAGACCCAGAAUCCAAACCUGCCAGACCUGACACAAUCGACCUCGAUGAAGAUGAGAAAGAAAUGCUUAGCGAGGCUCGUGCCCGUCUCGCCAACACACAGGGCAAGAAAGCAAAGAGAAAAGCUCGAGAAAGACAAUUGGAGGAAUCGAGAAGACUUGCAGUACUUCAAAAGCGACGAGAACUGAAAAAUGCGGGAAUCAAUAUCAAGAUCACCACUCGCAAGAAGGGUGAGAUGGACUACAAUGCCGACAUACCCUUUGAAAAACAAGCUGCAUCCGGCUUUUAUGAUACACUGGAUGAGGAGGCGAAGAAUGAGCGGGAGCGAGAAAUGUUCGACCCACGGAAACAGCAAUUAGCCAGGAAGAGACAAGGUGACUCGGAAGACAAUGCUGACUCGAAGCGACAAAAGCAAGACAAAAAUAAAUCCUCGGCCGCUAUGGCUGCAGCAGCUCGCGCCGGGCAAAUGCAGCGUGUUCGAGAGGCAGAGCAGCAGAGCAAGCGUCGAAGCUUGAAUCUACCAGCUCCACAGGUGAGCGAGAGCGAAUUGGAAGAUAUUGUCAAGAUGGGAAUGGCAGGAGAUAGAGCCAUCAAGGCUGCAGGCGAGGACGAUGAUGACGGGCGUGGGCUGGUCUCAAAUUAUUCCAAUAUGCUUGGAGCAACUCCCAUUCGAACACCCAGGGCACCUGCUCAGGAAGAUCACAUCGCCAAUGAGAUCAGAAACAUCAGGGCUUUGACGGAGACACAGUCUUCAUUACUUGGCGGUGAGAAUACCCCUUUACAUGAGGGUACUGCCUCUACUGGAUUUGAUGGGGUUGCACCUCGCAGACAGGACAUGGUCACGCCAAAUCCUAUGGCAACUCCUUUCCGACAGGCUGGUCCCGGUGGUCAAUUACCAGGAGCGACGCCGUUGAGGACUCCACGUGAUAACCUGACGCUCAAUGAGAAGGGUGAGCGACAACUCGUUUCGCAGACCCCUCGAGACCUCCGACUUGCUGAGAAUGCUACUCGAUCAGCUCUGAGAGCUAAGUUGGCUUCUCUUCCGAAACCGAAAGAAACGGAGUGGGAAUUGGAACUCCUUCCAACUGAACAAGAAGAGGCGGCCGAACGAGCAAAGACGGAUCUAGACGAUCAAGAGGAAAUUGACCGUCGCGAUCGUGAAGCUCAUGAAGCAGCAGCCGCAGCGGAAUUCCAAAGGCAAACUCAAGUCUACAAACGAUCGCUCCCCCGACCUACCCAGAUUGAUUACAACAAAUUAGUAGCAGCAGCUACAUCCAUACCCGACCCGAUACAGGCAAUGAUUGCAUCGGAAGCCGCACUGCUGAUGGCGAAUGACGCACGGAAAUUUCCUCUUGCAGGGUCGAACGUGGCAGGAAAGCCUGCUCCGGUGGAAACGCUAUCUGAUGAUCUACUACGACAAGCUCGGGAGGAGCUGCUGGCAGAGACGAAUGAGACAGAACGUCAGGAGUAUGUAAAUGCCGUGGAACAGAUGUACUCCUCGGAAAACGAACGCGGUGCGCUGCCUUUGAAAUUCGUUGAGAACACCACGUCAACCGAGUAUGGUAGCGCCUUCCAAGCUGUGCAGAAAUCACUCCUAGCAUCAGGAGAAGCAGGCAACAAGCUCGAGAAGAAAUUGGCCCUACAUCUCGGCGGCUAUCAAGCUCGACAGAAGACCUUGAAGCAGAAGAUUGGCGCUGUAUAUGACAAGAUUGGAGAACAGAGAGCAGAGCUCGAAGCAUACAGUUCACUGCAGACUGGUGAAGAAGGAGGUCUGCUGACAAGACUCGAACGCCUGAGGGACGAAGUCAACUUCAUCAGUCGCAGGGAACGGGAGGCACAGGAAGACUACCGGAUGGCGAGAGACGAGCUCAAAGCGCUUGAGGUCCCUGUCAAUGGCGUCAAUGGGCAUUCUUAA